AUGUUUCUUUUUUUCUCUUAUGGUUCUUUUUUUUCAUUCUUUCUUUUUUGGUUGUCUUUCCCUCGUUUGGUUAUAUUUUUCUCUUUCUUGCCUUCUUUUUCUUUGUUUCUUUUUAUUCUUUCCUUUUCUUUUGCGUUACUUUCUCUUAUUCUUUUUUCUUCCUUAUAUUGUUUGUUUCCUCCUUUCUCUUUUCUUUUCUUUUUUCUUCCUAUUAUUCUUUCUUUUAUUCUUCCUUCUUAUCCUUUGUUCGUUUAUUCUUUUUAUUAUUCUUUAUUUCUUUUUCUCACUUGCUUUUUCGUUUGUUUUUUCUUUUAUACCCAUUACAUUUUUUUUGAUUUUCUUUUAUUCAUCUUUUCUUUCUUCCUUUUUCUGUUUUCCUCUUUUUCAUUCUUUGCUUCUAUUAGUAUUUUUAAUCUUUCAUUACUUUUCCUUCUUUCUUUUUUCAUUCUUUUUCUCAUUCCUCAUUUUCAUAUUUACCUUUUUUCAUUAUUUGUUUCAACCUUCCUGUUUUUCUUUUUCUUUCUCUUAUAUUUCAAUUCUUUUUCUCAGUUUCUUUUUCUGCUCUUAUUUCUUUCUGUUUUAUUUUUCCUUAAUUAUUUCUUUCUCUCAUUCUUUUAUACUCUUUUCUUUUAUUUGCUUUCUUUCAAUUUCUCAUUUUUUCAUUCUCACUUUUUAAUUUUUUCUUCUUCAUAUUCUUUUUCUUAUUUCCUCUUUGUUCUAUUUUUUCUCUCUUAUUCUUUCUUUUAUUCUGUUACUCUCUUAUUCCUUCUUUCUUUUAUACUUCAUUUAUCUUAUUUUUCUUUUUUAUAUUACUUUUAUUCUUUUUUCUCUUACUCUUUCUUUCUCUUAUCCUAUUUUACCUUAUUAUUUCUAUUACUCUUUGUUUUUCUGGGCGAUAAAACAAGGGCGAUCAUGACGCUGAAGACAGACUUUCCUGACCUCCCGACAGUGACCAUGUCAGGUGUGAGCAACGGCUCGUCGUCGACGGACGACUCAAGCAUCACGAUCAGUGACGAGCCCGGAUCAAAACUGAAGAAGCGCGAAACAUGGGGCCGGAAGCUGGACUUCCUGCUUGCCUGCAUCGGAUUCUCAGUCGGUCUGGGCAAUGUCUGGCGCUUCCCCUUCCUUUGCUAUAAAAAUGGUGGAGGUGCAUUCCUUAUUCCCUAUUUUGUGGCAGUCAUCCUAGGCGGUGUUCCUGUGUUCCUCCUGGAGGUCUCUCUAGGGCAGUUUAUGUCCGAGGGCGGAGUUGGGGCCUGGAAAAUCUGCCCGCUCUUCCAAGGAAUUGGUUAUGCAUGCUCCAUGAUCGUGUUUUUCCUUGACUGUAAUUACAAUAUUAUCCUCACAUGGUCAUUGUACUACCUCUUCUCAUCAUUCUCUGCUGUGCUGCCCUGGUCAAGUUGUGGAAAUGAAUGGAACACGGUGAAUUGUACAGAAUUUGAGUCAAUCCGCAACAAGACAUUGACAGCACGCAACACCACCAUGCAUCUGCUUCUUGAUGACGAUAUAACAAAUGCAUCCUUUGAUGGUGCAGCCACUGAAAUGACACAGCAAUAUAUGCGCAAGAUUGUCAUGGAUCCCGUGACAGAAUUCUGGGAGCGUAAGGUGUUGGCAAUUUCUAAUGGCAUUGAUGAACCUGGCUCCAUCAAGUGGGACCUUGCUCUCUGUUUGCUGCUUGCCUGGAUAGUAGUCUACUUUUGUAUAUGGAAAGGGAUCAAAAGCUCUGGAAAGGUUAUGUACUUCACAGCAACAAGUCCUUACAUCCUAAUGUUGGUGUUACUUAUUCGGGGUGUCACUUUAGAUGGUGCAGCAGAUGGAUUAAAAUAUUACCUUAUUCCCGACUGGAGCAAGCUCCUCCGAAGACAGGUCUGGGUCGAUGCUGGCACACAGAUCUUCUUCUCAUACUCAAUUAGUCUUGGCACGUUAACCGCGCUUGGGAGCUACAACAAAUUCCACCAUAACUCCUACAAAGACAGCCUCCUAUUUGCAAUUGCUAACACAUUUACUAGUUUCCUAGCAGGAUUUGUGAUUUUCUCUGUGUUGGGCUUUAUGGCGAAAAGACAAGGUUUAACUGUGGAUGAGGUUGCCGAAUCAGGGCCUGGUUUGGCAUUUAUCGCAUACCCUGAGGCGGUUUCCCAAAUGCCAGUUGCUCCACUUUGGUCAGCCGUGUUCUUUGUUAUGAUUCUUCUUCUUGGCUUAGAUAGCCAGUUUGUUGGUGUUGAGGGGUUCAUAACCACAGUGGUGGAUCGUUGGCCACAGCAUCUGCGUCGGGGCUAUCGCCGUGAGAUCCUCAUCGGCUGUGUUUGUCUGACUGCAUUUACAAUCGGAUUAGCCAUGGUGACAAACGGCGGUAUGUAUGUCUUUCAGCUUUACGACUAUUAUCCCGCAAGCAGAAUAGUGCUUCUAGUGGCAUUCUUCGAGUCGGUCGUCGUUGCUUAUAUAUACGGUGUUGAUCGAUUUUAUGAUAACCUUGAGAUGAUGUAUGGUUUUCGAUUAAAUAACUGGAUGAAAUAUUGUUGGAUGUACCUGACUCCAGGAUUUACCAUUAUCACUUUCAUCUUGAGUACGAUCAGCUAUUCAGGUUUAACGUAUAAGCGGAAGACAGUUGAAUACAUAUAUCCACAGUGGGCUGUCUCCAUAGGCUGGAUGAUGGCAUGCUCAUCAAUUGUUUUCAUCCCAGCAGUGAUGCUGAUCAACAUCUAUAAGACGAAAGGGUCACUGAAAACACGGAUCGAGUAUUUGUUACGACCAAUGCUUAAAUCUUACCAGCUGCGGCCAAAUGAGGACAUGUCAAAGGUGACGUUAAUAAGUCGGUGUGACUAUGGACCUGAGGGAGAGGAUGCAGAGGUUGCUGCAGAGGAGACUGCAGCUGCACAGAACCAGUUGAUAGAGAAGCGUGGCGAGGAUGAGGAGACACCAGCAGUGAGUGCAGCAGUGGCAGACAGUACAAAGGACUCAAAAAUGUAA